CAGAAAUAUUUUACUGUGUUUUUUUCGGGCAAAAAGAUAAACAUUAUGUAUUAAAUGUAUAAUUUAUAGUAAUUUAUAUUAACAUGAGUGAAGAGAAAGACACUUAUUGUCGAUUAUGUGCUGAACCGACGCCGAAAACUCAAUUGAUAUCGCCGGACGAAGACGUAGCAAUUAGUUCUAAAGUGGCCACCAAGUUACAAUGGAUAAACAUAGAUGUUUCACCUUCAAAUACACUCCCAAAAACGAUAUGUUUCUCUUGCUUCGAUCUACUGGAAAGAACUUGGUUUUUCCUUCACAACGCACGAACCGCACAGCUCAAACUGACGUCUAUAUUUCACUCAAAACAAACGUUAAACUCCGCUGAUUCUGUAUUAAAAAAUGAAGAGAUCGCGCCGUCCCUGGUCGGGAGACCGGUAGACGAGAACUGGGAAGCGUUCCAGCAGCUAAAACAAGAGAUUAAAAUUGAAGUUGUGGACGGUAAUGAUGUUCAAAAUAAAGAAGACGUUAAAAUCGAACACGAUAGCGAUCAGGAGCUUUUAGUGGCACGAGUUGACUGUGAUAAUAUAGAUAGUGCUAAUUCCACCGACAGCGACGUGCCAUUGGACGUAACAGCGAAACGGAAGAGGUUGAAACGGAAGAAUAAAAAGUAUGAAGAUGCAUUGAGCUUGACCAAUGAAAAACCAAUUGAUCCUCUACCAGACAGCAUUACGUGGGACAAUCAGAUGUGUAGGUGUGCGAAGUGCGACGCGCAGUGCGAGAAUAUAGCCUCUCUUCAAGUCCAUUCGUUACAAAUUCACAACCGAUGCUGUAGCUACAAAUGCUUGGAUUGCGAUAAGGUUGUACAUCGGUUUAAAGCGUUUAUCAAACACGUGCGCACGCACAAGGAGUACCUGCGAUAUUGCUGCGAGUUUUGCAAUCAUCUCUUCACACUAACGUCGAAUGUUCAGAUACAUAAAGCAAAGGUGCACAAUGGAGCGUUUCUAACGAAGUGUCGUAACUGCGGCGCGGAAUUCGACUCUCCAGAACAGUUACAAGAACACACACUACUAUACAAUAAACGGCAUAAACGAUUAUCCAGCCAGCGAGAAAUAGAAUUUGAUCUGAAGUGCAAAGACUGUAAUAAAGAAUUCAAAUCGAGAAGCAAUUUGCUGCAACAUAGGCAAGUGCAUAAAGAACGUACUAGAGACUUCUCAUGUCACGUGUGCGGUAAAAUGUUCUUUACGAAGGGUACACUAGGAACACAUAUGCUCACGCAUGAGGAUAGCAAGCCAUUUAAAUGUCCGUACUGUCCAUUAGCCUUCCGAGCGAGAGGCAACCUAACAUCACACAUAAGUCUCCAUUCUGGAGUUAAACCAUUCGUAUGUGAACAGUGUGGAAAGAGUUUUAGAGUUAAACGACACUUGAAGUCGCAUUCUAUCGUGCAUACGGACUUAAUGCCAUUCGUCUGUGAGUACUGUAAUAAAAGUUUCCGAUUUAAGACCCGUUUGAACCUACAUUUGCGGCAACAUACGGGCGCAAAGCCCUAUAAGUGUUUGUACUGUCAGCGGGACUUCACCAAUGGAUCUAACUUCAAAAAGCACAUGAAACGGCGGCAUGGUAUAGAUACGUCGAAGAAGUUUGAACAGAGAAUAGAGUUAAAGGAAGUUAGAGUGACUAGUGAACCACAGAAAAUGUUAUGAAUGUAUAUGAAUUGAAUAUAAUUUACUGGAUUUUUAACUGAGUUAUUCAUCGUUGUAUAUUGUAUAGGCAAUGAUUCAUUUGUAUUAAAUGUACA